AGAUACGAAACCAAAACCGCACAUGCUGCUUUGUCAACAGCCUACCGUCAGUGCAUCACGAAGCGGCGCAUAGAGAAAGCAUGGCCGUACACAACUCCGCAUGGCAGUACAGCUGGUGAGGGCAUGUUUGUGGCUUUCCCGAGACUUCCGCGCGCCGUAGGACGAACUCUCGAAGUGGUUAGCUGAGGCGUGGGUGACAGCAAAUUUCCAUUCUUUGAAGGCACAGCAAUUUCAUCUGGCUUCUGGGACCAUUGCAGGGCAAUCUCAUCCAAGGCCGUUUCUCAGGAGCCCCUGCAAGCAGGGUGCUGUUCAGUAGAAUGGCAGUUUUGGUGUCAACUGCCAUUAAACUCAAUGGCAGUAAAAGCUUUUGUGUAACAGGUGCAGCCAGUGUUUCUUCAGCUCGGAAACUCUCUCGGAGAAGUCUGGCGACUUCAAGGAAUGCAAGUGUCUGCCCAUCAAGCCUCCAUGCAAAGGUUUAGUGAAAAUGAUUACUGGAGCCAUGCCGAAGCCACAGCCAGUGUUACAACAGCUAGUAGGGACAUCCUGCCCGCCACGAUGCCACUCAUAUUCUCGCUGCAGCCUCUAGACCAGGAGUCUCCCCAGUCGCAGCCAUUGUCACUGCCACAGUCCCCUUUUUGUGUUGCCAACAUUGUUGGAAUUGGAUUUUGUGUGUCCCUUCCAGUGCCACCCGUACCAAACACAUUUUCUCACAGUUCCAACCUCAAGCAACAUGUCUUCACUCAUACGGGAGAGUGGCCGUAUCCCUGUGCCCACUGCACUGCUUCCUAUUCAUGGAAGGAGUGUCUCUUACACUGCGUGCUUGUCAGACAGGGAGGGAGCUCUAAUUGUUGAGAGCACACAGUUUCCUGUUGAAAAACCAAUUAUUGAUUUAUGUGGUGUCCAUACUCCAUAAAGAGGGUUCUGGCCCUUUCACCCACAGAGCUUCAUAGAAUGUUGCUUAAAGGGAAAUGCGACCUGACCAUCCGUUAUAUGCUGCUGCAACUUCAUAGCUGGGCUGAGAACUUCAAGGUUUGGCAUAUUUUUAAUGUUGAUUCGGCUAAACUGUGGCCACAGUGGUGUAAAUAAUUCUUUCUUGGAACUAAAUCUUCAUUGCAAGUACUAUUUAUAUUGAAGUACACCUUGUAUUUACAUUUACUCCAUCAUUAUGCAACCUGUGAUCAAUAAAUACGGUGAUUGGUUGACUUUAUGAUUUAUUUGUUGGAAAGGCAGUACAUGUAUGUAGACAUACAGCUUAUCGUCUUACAAGAUAACCGCUUCCCAUAGUUGAGCACUCUUAUGAAUGCGUGUAGUGUUCUCACAUACUUUGGGGGAAGACAGCCUGUGGGAUGCUGUCCAGCAUUCACAUUGCCUUGGCUGUUGUAUGCCUUUCAUGUUGUCCCGACCUUAACGAAAGUGCUUGUGCCACUCGUACACACACUGUUUCGAUUGAGCACUGUUUCAGUACACUUGGUGCAAAAUGUUAUGACAUUUGCAUGAAUUUCUCUCAAGUUUAAACCAAAAUGUCACAUUUGUACAUUGCUCCAUUUUACCCAUAACCAUGUCAUUACACUACUUGUUACUGCACGUCUACAUGUCUUGAUGUUUGCACGUCUGGAAAGCCACCAAAUUUAUUAACAAUGACUGAUGGGCCUCGGGCUUCACUAGCUUGGCCACAAACCAGAAUUACCAAUUACUCCAUUCACCAUCAAAGAAUUCACCAUGUUUAUUGAUCACAGGUCAUAUAACAAGUAUAGAGGUGAUAUGUAUGAUAGUAUGUCUCUAACAUGCUCAUCUUUCACACAAAUCUAUCAGCACAAUGGUGGUAGGGAACUUUGAUAGUCAUAUUUGAUAUAAUUGUGCUUCCUAGCUCAAGUGCUUGUUCUGUUCAAUUCCUCAUACAGCAAGAGUCUUGCUACUAUAGGUCGGCAUACUCACUUGGGAGCUCACUGACUGUUUCUCUCUCUGCACUGAUUUCACGGAAUGUGAGUAUGAAUAGUAGUGAGGACUGGUGAGUUUGAGUAGAUGUGAAUGCCAGUUAGUGUCACUGUCGGCACAUGCAAGUUAACGUUAGCUUGUAGGCGAGUGCCAGUGAGAUGAUGUGAGUAUGAAUGGGAGUGGGUGCUGGUAAGUGUGAAUGGAAGUGAUCAUGAAUGCGAGUGAGUGUCUGUACGUAGGAGUAGGAAUGUGAGUCGGUGCCAAUGAAUGCGAGUGAAUACAUAGCCUACAAAAAUAUUAGUGAGUGAGUAUCCACUUAGUCAUCUGACCUAUGCGUGUUACACACUGUUCUAGUAGUACACACUAAACCAAUGUGGCAGCUGAAAUGUUCUUGAGCUGAAUUUAAGCUAACAAGCCUAAAUGCAAAGCGUAAAGGGGUACUGACACAAAAAUUCUAAUUCUAAAUAAUUAGUUGGUUCCAUUCCCGUGAGCUCAUAGGUAUCAUCUGUAAAGUAUCAAUAGCAAGUCCAGCUUAGAAUGCCUUUUAUUUAAUUUUGAAGUAUGUGCGAGUGAUGAAUUGGAAAGUGCAGCUCCAAUUGAUGUGCUCAUUAGCAUAAGUCCUUAUUGUAAACAAUAUUAAGUCGUGAGUUUCGGUGAUUGAUUUCAGUGACUCUGACGUCACUGGCUUGUCUUGCCAUUCGGAAGACAUUUCAGCACUGUUUUCAUGAGUGUCUUGCGCUGACCAUACAAGAUGUGUAUGUGCAAAAUUUUUGCAGUUUACAGGUUACUGAGCUCUUGGCAGCAGUAGCAAAGCUCAUAGUAGCGGCAUCUUGUGAUGAUUUGUCCAAUUACAACGCAUACGAAAAAUUGAUUUGUUGCGUCAGUGUUGUUUUUGAAAGGAAUUGUAAAAGCAUAUGUUAAUCCUUUAUUGAUGCGUGUUGCCUACAGACAACAUAUUGAAAAAAUUUUUUAUUUCUUGCUGAGUUUUGGUAUUGAGUACAAAGUUUCUGAAUAAAUGUCUUUGGCCAACACCGCAUGACUGGCAGCAAGCAUCAUUUAUUCAUUUAGAGCAGGAAUGCAGAAUGAGGAAGAAGUUUGGCGUGGGACUCUCUUUUGAAAUACCAAUCAGGGGAGACCGACCGAUGCAAGAUUUCCAGCUGCAGUGGUGUCACACAUGUGAUGUAAAACAAAUUGGAUAUACAGCUAUGGUUCACAGAUGAUAAGCGCUACCUUUGCAAAUUCCGAACAAAGCUAUAGGUGGCUUGGGGCAAAGCUCACUUCCAGGUUUCUGCCUGGUGUUGCACCCCUGUAUCUGAAAAAGUUUAUGCCAAUAUCUUGUUUUCUUUUUCUUUAACUGUGCUUAUUCUCAAUCUGUUUUUUUUGGGUAUUUACAUGUGGCAUUAUUUAAAGGAUUUGUGAUAAUGUCACUACCAAUGCUUUAUACCAACAGUUAGAAUAUGUAAGCUGGAAUAAUAGUUUUGCAUGCUCUCUGGUCAGACAGAGGAUCACCAGGUGUUCCUACUAGCAUUGUUUCUUCCAUAUGCCUGUCCGGUUACCCAGUAAACUGCCAAGAGUAAGAAGUUGCACAGGGUUCCCGCCGAACUAGCACCACACUAGCAGUCAAAACAGGAGUACAGAUGACAUGGUAGAUGGUGUGCCUGCGUGUGUCACAGGUCCGCAUGCUCACAUGGUCGUUGCUGUCUCCAGGCAUGCCUCGCAUGUCACGGGGCAUGAGGUGUUCUUCUAAAUUGAAACCACGACUGGUCGUGUGACAUACAAGCUGAUAACUAACUUCUCAUGCACUUAAGCAAAUGAGCUUCUUUGACAUUACUCGGUCAGUAGUUACUAAUUAAGUUCAAAAAACAGAGCCUCAAAAAUUUUGUGCCAGUACUCCUUUGAGCAAAGCUUGUUCUCCAGCCUAAAAUAUCUGUAUGAAAGUUGUGGCUGGGCAUAAGCAAACCCCAAAGCAGCGGUUAGCAUUUGCAAAACUGGCAGCACCAUGCACUAGUGAGCAGUAAAACCCUCAAGAAACCAUCAGUGAUGUUUAGUGAUGUCAAGUUGGCCAGGUUUUUCUUGGCACAUAUUCACAUAGAAAAAUCUGCAGAAGACCGGAUGGCAAAUUGGAAACCAUGCUGAUCACUACAAUGUCCCACUUUUGUCACAUGUGCUUUGGACAAACAAACACUUGAAGUACGAGACCUUGGGUUUGCAUUGUUUUGUGCUCCAAGUUCCAACUGGUGCAGAACUUGGAUGAGGAGUGUGACACUCUACGUUAUAGGGUCCGUGACACCAAAUUUUUGUGCUUAAAUUAUGCAUUGCAUGUUAAAUUAUAUGCAUCCCACAGCAAGCUGGCAAAACUUUUGUGCAUUCGGUGUAAUAGGACAUUUGUAUUUGAAUUUACACUGAGUGGUGACGAAAUGAAUGGGCACCCCCAGAUACGCCUCCCUCGCAUAACAGGAGCAGGUCUCGAAGGUCAUGCUUUUGUGAACUGUAAACACGGGAAAUGAUUGCCGGAGCUGAAAAUACGUCAUAAAUGCCGUGCAUUAUUUCAUUUUAGCAUGUGUAUUGUGUCUCAGCACAUCUCUGGUUUGCUACUGCUUUUUUAUUGCGCAAGUGAAGGAAUUGUGGGUACAAUUUCAGCAGUGAUGUUGCUAUGCCGUUGGGUGCUAUAACAUGCAGAGAAAGAUGCCUGAUGUCUCGAACUGCUUCAAAGUGGAUGACAUAGAGAUGGCCCCUCAGUUCCUGAUGUCGCAAAGCCUUGCCAAAAUGGCAGUUGCUGUCAAUGGGAGGAGUUGACAGGCAGCGAUUUUAAAUUUAAAUUUCUGGUUAAAAUGUGUACAGGGAGCCCAGUUUCUUUGCGUGUAUAAGCAUAUUGGGCCCUCUACUCUUCUUUACAAAUACAAACAGAACUGUUGGACAACCACGUCAUGGCCCCUUUAAACAUAUGCUGUAUUUCGCAUGCACAUAGCAGCACUUGCAAGUGAACUGCAAUGAAUAUACUUAUUCACUUGUUUUAUGUCAACUACAAUUUGGUUCUAAGUACUGCUAGGUGACACUGGUAUGUGUAUGCAAGCAAAGUGAAGCUUGUUUCCAGUGUGAGUGCUCUCAUUUGUUUCACAAAUGGUAAAAAUGUUAUCUGUAAUAAUAUUUGAUGAGCGCGAGACUUUAGUAUGGUUUGUAUUUUCCAGAUUAUGCAAUGCUGCAAGCUGUGGAAAAAUGUUCCUAUAUCUAGAGAUUUUAUGCAUUGUUUAGAAAAAUAGGGAAAUUUGUCCAAAUGAAGGAAAAUUUCAUGCUAUGACAUUGAAACAUUGAAAGUGCUGACGUGACAGCCUGUUUGGUUUCAGCCACUUGAAAAUUACCUUCGCUUCAGCAUGUGAACUGACUCUUUAUCGUACAGCAGUGUAAUGAACGCAUUUCAUCCAGUGAACAACAGUUUGUGGGUGCCCUUUUAACGAAGUAGUGCUAUAGAGAUGUUGCUUUUGUACCUCUAGAUGGGCUGUCGAUGUCUGUGCAUUCUAAAUGGAAUAUUUAUCUAACUGGUGAAACAAACGUAUGCUAUAACACCAUACCAAGGGGCGCGGGCAGACCUUGGCGUAAGCAGACAGGGUAUACCUGGCGCAGGGCACGACAAUGUGAUUUUUGUGCUAGGCAGCCAGGUACACUUGCAUGUACUAAAAUUUACCUGGAAUCACUCUAGGCAGAUCAAUCUUGGAUAGAGUCCCAGUGGUCUUGUGCUUGGGCAUGUUCUUUUGAAGAAAAGUAAAAAUUAGCCGUGUAUCUUUCGCGUUGCUGCAAAUUACGUGUAAGUGUGCAGGUGUGGUGGUGCUACAUCACUACAAGGUAUUAAAAAAAAAAUAGUUGUACCUUUCAUAUUGGUGUUGCGAAGUGUACACUGUUUUGGCACUGUUACAAUCUCUUGGGAGGUCCAGGGCCCAUCGUCCUGUUAACAUAACUUGCACUGCAACAUCUUUGCAGCUUGAGUCCAGUGACUACAUUAUUUGAUUAUUUAAAAAUAAUCUUAAAAAUAAGUUAGGUUUAAAAUUUUCCGUCUGCUUACAUAGCAUAAACAAAAUUUUAUCAUUACAGAAAUAUUGGCAAACUGACAACCACAUUUUGCAAGAACCUAGAAAAAUGUAGGGAAACUUCCCUAGAAUUGGCAGCACUGCCAGGCAGUGACAUUUGGUUGUUACGAACACUGUUACCUAUUCAAAUGGAUUCUCUCUUACAGGCAACUGAAUAUAUUGCCAUACAAUAGGUAAUAUGCAAAACCUGUAGGUGCAAUUCAUGCACCUUCUUUGACCUAACCAGGAUGGUGGACCUCGGGCUAGAAUUGUAAUUGAAGUAUCAACAUGCUGGUUAGCGGCAUCAUUCCUACCACUGCCCAUUCUGCACAUCGUCUAAUGUUUCAAAACCCCUGUUUUGGCUAUAACAGAGAAACUAGCAGGAACACGGCCAUCUUAGUUAGGGAAAGUUAGCUCUGUGGGAAAGCCUGUUUACAGACUUUUGUGUAUUGUCUAUUUGACUCUUGACUGCAUGGUUAUGCAUCAAAUUUAUAGUUUAAAUAUAUCUAAGGCCUACAAGCUAACAAAACUAAAAAGUGACGUGAAAGCUGGAUAGGCUACUCAACAAAGUGACAAACCUGAAUGAGCUUAUAUCGAGCAGGACUGAUCAAUCCAUCCACAAUUAAUGUGAUGUCUCUUUAGUGCCUGUGCUGACCUUAACAUUGUUCUCUGUGCUGUUACAGAUGUGUCCAUGUCUAUACAGAGCAACCAAGAAGCAGCAUUGUUCAGAAUUUACCGAGAAUUCAUCUCACUGAAUUCUUCUCGGAAAGCCCCCAUUUGGAUUCCUUGUUACAUUGCAGAUGUUUGAUUCGCCAUUAAUUUCCAUUUAUGAUGGUAAUGUGACUCUGCUGGCUGACUGCCACCUACGCUUUUGUUGUCUGGAACAAGUGUCAAGCUGAUUCUCUUGCUGCUCUCUUAGUCCAUUCUUAUUGUGAAAAUCAUCAGGGUAAAGAAAAAUAUUGCAAUGUCAAGGUCAUACACAGGGCACGAUUGUGCUUGUGUUCAAAGAUCUGUUCAACAGUUUUACAUGUGUGUGGUAGUGACAGUGGAAUUAAAACCAAUUGACGAAUGGGUUACGUUUGGUAUUCUGUAGUGGCAUUUGGCUAUCGUUAGUACAAGAGAAAAAUGCAGAAAUAUAAAGUGCACUAAAGGAGAGACAGUUCCUUCUGUAAUGCAUAUGAAUAUGGCAGUAUUCUACUCCAUCAGCAAAUGUGGUGCCAUUAUAUUGUGUUCAUAUUUGAAUUCAUUUCUUUAAUAUUAUUUCUGUCCAUUUAUAUUCUUGCUCUUUCAUAUUCAUAUUUCAUGUUCACUCAUAUAUUUGGAAUGUGUAUAUUUUGCUGCGUUUCAUAAAUUGUGCCAUUCCAGUAAAAUAGUAUAUGUAGUUAUAAAUGCAAUUGCACAUUGCAGCAUUACAUUACAAAGUAAUUUUGUCCAUUGACGUACAGUAUCAAAGUGGCGUGUUAAAUGCAGCCUCUAUGUAUUGCCAGCAGGAGUUUGUAUGUAUUCAGUACAGUCAAUUAUGUAUAGAGAUUAGGAACUUGUGUGACAUGUUAAAUGCAGCCUCUAUGUAUUGCCAGCAGGUGUUUGUAUGUAUUCAGUACAGUCAAUUAUGUAUAGAGAUUAGGAACUUGUGUGAAGUAUACAGUACUCGGCAAUUCAAGUGUAUAAUCGGCCCAAGUGACAUGUGGGGUCUCGAACAUGCUCCUGGGACAAAGGAAAGACGACACAGUAGCGCAAACAAUCACAGGGGCAUUUAUUGCACCUUUCAUACAUCAAUGUCAGCUAGCUGAAGUACUACCAAUGUGAUACGCAGAUGGGUGCACAACAAAUCAAGGAAGUCUGACUCAUUGUGACAGAACACCAAGCGAAUAAGUUCACCUCCAUGCUAGACCUAAUCCUAAUGAACGUCUAAUUGCAUGCGUGCACAGUCACAUAAGCUUGGGUGUGUUUGAACGAUUGUGUUUGUCCAUCCCCAUGUUCCACUAUGAAGCCAUUUCGCAGGACACUCCUGUGAAGCGUGCAAAACGUCCACUUGCUUCGCUGACCCCAAGCCGCAGGAAGAAGCUACUCCCGUUUGUGCCCAAGUAACCAGAGUAAUGUGGCAAUUCUUCUUGAUGUCCAGGUUUGUUGCCUUUGGGAGCCCAGGAGCAGUACCAGUCGCUUGCGUCCAUGCGUGACGGGCGGUAUUCCUGCCAGCUGUGCCCCUACAUGACUGAACACAUGUCGCACAUGAAGCAACACCUGCGCACACACACAGGAGAGCGCCCCUUCAAGUGCCACCUCUGCCCAAGCGCAUUCACUCAGGAUUGCAACCUGAAAGUGCAUGUUUGUUGCCUUUGGGAGCCCAGGAGCAGUACCAGUCGCUUGCGUCCGUGCGUGGCGGGCGGUAUUCCUGCCAGUUGUGCCCCUACGUGGCUCAAUACAAGUGCCGCAUGCGGAAACACCUGCGCGCACACACAGGAGAGCGCCCCUUCAAGUGCCACCUCUGCCCAAGCACAUUCACUCAGAUACAGAUAUCUCCAUGCUGCCUGCGAAACGUCCAAGAAGUUUGCUUCAGGCUUUGCCAGAAAACCAGCUUACCAGAAUCUUCACAGGUCCCCACCAUUGGGGUCAUUGGAGCAGUACGAGUCGCUCGAGUCUGUGCACAGCCGGCUGCAUUCCUGCCGGCUGUGCCCUUACAAGACCAAGAAAAGGGCGCGCAUGACGACUCAUGUGCGCACACACACAGGCGAGCGCCCCUUCAAGUGCCACCUGUGUCCAUGCGCAUUCACUCGGAAUUGCCACCUGAAAGAGCAUCUGCGCACCCACACAGGAGAGCGUCCCUACCAGUGCCACCUAUGCCCUUGUGCAUUCACUCGAAAUUCCCAUCUGAAAGAGCACCUGCACAGCCACACAGGAGAGCGUAUCAUGUCGCGGAAUAAACUCUUAGUCCACAUGUUUUGUUAUGCAGGGGAGAAGCCCUAAAGAUCAGGGGCUUUCAUAUCUUUUUCUUUUUUUGUAGCUGAACCGAUUGAUCUAAUUCUUUGUGGCACUAGGCGAUUUCUAUACUGCAAUGUGAGGUUUCCUGCUCCUUCAGCCAUAGAGUUCCUUGUAAUUUUAUCUAAGUUGAGCUGUCACGACUGUCUGUGAGAACUUCUUAAACUUUCUUUCCUGUGACUUCAGAGCUAUGCCAGCAUAACGAUGGUAUGGAUUGUCUUGAAUGUGGCUUGGUCUGAAAUGUGCUCAUGACUGUGUAAAUAAGUUUGUCUAUAUUAUUUUAACAAGGGAAAAUAAAGUUAGUAAACAAAACAGAAACAUAUAAUUAAGACCUGGGCAGAGUAGUAUGUGCCAAGUUUCUCCCCUUAUCGUUUCUGAUGUGUCUACUACCUCUAGGAUAGCUAUGCCAGACCACACUCCAGCCUAUUCUCUUCCUCUAGCACAGGGGGAAAGAGAGCUACACGUACAUAAGAAUUGCUUCCAAGAAAAUCUGAUAAGUCUUGUUGAAAUGUUUGCUUAAAGCAUCAUUCCUUGUUCUGCUACUCCUGAUCGCUUUAAAUUUCCGUCUUUCUUUCAACUUCUGUCUUGUUCGAAACUAUUUUCAAAGUUAGUUUCAAACAUCACCAGAUUGCUACCUUAUUAGUGCAUUUACAUCUUGCCUAGUGUCAGGGCUUAUUUGUUCCAGCAGUCCAGGUAAAUACGUGAUUUUAUUGCAGUAGCAGUUAAAAUCUCUAAACUUGUGUUUGCUGUGUCCAUGCGUCUUGUAAAGAGCUGGAAGCAGUGUGUGUGGCUUCCUCGACCAUUUUUUGAAGUUUUCUAACAAAAAGUGUAACGCCGCAUUCUCUAUAUGUAAAUUGUUGGAACCAAGCCAUAUAAGCUUAUUCUUUCUACUAGCUUCACACUUAUAUGGAAGGAAACAGCAAGAGCUGCAGAUGGAAGGGUGACACCCUUCACAACGUGGUCAUGGGGUAUAUGUGUAUCGUGUACAUUUCAGUGUGUCAUAGGUGUAGCCAGGCUUGCAUUGUGACCGCGUACUCAAGUUGUACCUUGAGUACCAUGAUGUCCUGCAUGAUCUUGUAGCUGGAUAUUUGACAUAGUAAGCUGCUUUUGAAUUAUGCUCCCUUUUUUCUGGUCUUAAACCCGGCUGCGGCGGCCGCAUUUCGAUGGGGGCGAAAUGCGAAAACACCCGUGUGCUUAGAUUUAGGUGCACGGUAAAGAACCCCAGGUGGUCAAAAUUUCCGGAGUCCUCCACUACGGCGUGCCUCAUAAUCAGAAAGUGGUUUUGGCACGUAAAACCCCAAAUAUUAUUAUUAUUAUUAUUCUGGUCUCAAAAAUUGCAUAGGCAUAGUUGUCCAUGAGAGGAAAUUUUGCUGCUGCCUUGUAAAACAGAAUAAUUUGAUUAGUGAUCCGCAAACAAAAGUAACAGUUGUUAUGUGUGUUCUUUCCUCAUUUGAACAUUGGCCCUGUAUGUGUUAUGUGUUUUGGGACUUUAAGUAUAGUAAUACAUUUUUUAUUGUAUAUUAUGUCCCAAUUGUGAAUUUGGUUCCUUGUACUGCAUUUAUUUUUAUGUUUAAUAACACUGGCAUUCUUAAAUUGUCAUUACUUCAGUACUGCAAUGUGUGCCUAUCACUUUUUCUCUUUUACUGUUUGAGAAACCUGUAUUGUUUAUUUUAGUGAACAUAUUUCAUAUGCUGCUGUUGUAUAAAGUUGUGAUGAAUAUAUGCUUCUUAUUAAAAGUGGCGAUUGUCAUAUGCUUCA